AUGUGUAAUUGUAUGCUUACAAUAAAUUGUGAUUCAUUCUGUGUCAUUUCUGUAUUCCUCCAGAUUCUACUCAUUUUAAAUUUGUACAUAGUUAAAAACGGCUUUAUUAUAGCGAAGAAUCAUGAAUCUGAGAGGAUUGAAACAUUUAAAAAGGCCCAUUUCCUCAGAUAUGGGAAUUAUGAGAAAGAAAUGGACCCCUACUCAUCAAUUCCUCUGUUUGAGAAGAUUUCUGAGGGAUACUCGGAUAUUAUCGCUCAGGAAUCCCUAUUUGAACUAGGAACAAUAUACCUUCUAGGCUAUAAACGAUUUUUUAAAAUUUGGUAUGAUAUAGAGAAAGCUGCACAUUAUUUUUCAAAGUCAGCAGAAAUGGGCCAUGCCAAAUCGCAAUACUUUCUGAGCUUUUUAUUAUACUAUAACAUUAAAAAUGGGCCGGGAGUUAAUAAAAUUGAAGCCUUAAAAUACCUUAAAUCAUCAGCAAGAAGAGGCUAUGUGCCAGCAAUGCUGGCAUUAGCCUUCCAUCUCAUGUAUCACGACGUUGGAGACAACUUGAAACAAGUUGUCAAUUUAUACAAGAAGAUUCUAAGAGAUGAUGAGCAACAUUUGAUUAAUUACCUGGUCCCACUUGAAAACCUAAAAAUUUCAAAGUAUUCAAUUGAAGCAUAUAAAGAAGACUUAAAUAGCCUGUUGAAAAUAGAAGAGUAUACGAAAUUGACUGAGUUGGAAGAUUCAAUGAAAAAUGAGGAAGGGAAUGUGGGCAAGAGAAAAGGUGGUUGCAGUGGUCUUUCCAAAGAAAAUCAAGGGCCUGAAAACCCGUUUGAAGAAAAAAUCAACGAGUUUGAGAAGAAAAUCGCACCAGAAAACAUGUCGUCAUCGCUAUUGGAGCUGGCGACAAUGUACAUGAGAGGGAUUGGAGUUCCAAAAAACUAUGAAAACUCAGUUCAGCUUUUGCAGAGGGCAGUUUCACUGGGUAACUCAGAUGCGGCAAAUUGUCUGGGAAUAAUAUACUUCUUUGGAGCGAGAGAACCUGAGCAAGGGAGACCGAUACCGGUAAAUUAUGACCUCUCAUUAAAAUACUUUAUGAUGGCAGCAAAAUCACAUAACUCAGAGUCGCUGUUCUUUAUCGCAGAAAUACUGUCAAUUAAAGCCAGAAAAAAGGGGUCCACUUACUAUUACAUAGAACUACCAUAUAUAUACCAACUAUACAGAUUAUCGGCGGAUUAUGGAUAUUGUCGAGGCUACUGCAGAUGUGCCCAAAUGCUAGAGGUUGGACUUGGAACUGAUUCGAAUCUGACUGAGUGUGCUCUGAAUUACAAAACUGCAGUUGACCAAGUUUAUAUAGAAGAGGAGUUCUUCCUCACGUUCUUUUAUUACAUCAAGAAAAACUACCAUGCGGCAGCCAUUUUAAGUGCACUCUCUGCAUUUUCAGGACUACUGGCCGGUCAAUGGAAUGUAGCUAUGCUCAUAAAUGAGGGUAAAACGGACGUAUUCUCUGUAAAGGAGAUGAAAAUCUUCCUCAACGACUCACUUCUUCAGGGUGAAAUAGAUUCUCUAUACUACAUGGGGAAGUUGGCCGAGGCUGAGGGGAAGAAAGGAGUGUCUCAGGAUCUGUACGAGAAAGGCUUCAACUCUGGGGAUAUGAAGUGCUUGGAUCCACUGAUUAAAUCUCUCUCUAAAAAUGAUAUUAAAAAGGCAAUUGAGCUUCUGCAAUAUAAAAAGUAUCGCAACAAUGUGGAGUUGAAUAACGGAGACCGUGGGCUGGUGAACAGCUACUGCAGUGAUUUGGGAUCGAACGGUAACUUGGCUCUGCUUAAAAUGAAGCAAAUGUUUUAUAAUCUAUUCACUUAUUAUAUGUAUUAG